AUGCCACUCCAGUUCGGUCGGAACAGGUGUUCCACCUUCAUGAGGGAGAACCUCCUCACUAUGAUGACGGUCAUCGGCGUGGUCUCAGGGACCCUCCUCGGGUGGGGCCUCCGCAGUUCCGGGUACCAGUGGUCCAGGCGAGAAGUCAUGUACUUCCAGUACCCAGGGGAACUGUUUUUGAGAAUGCUGAAAUGCCUGAUAGUGCCGCUUCUAGUCUCGUCCAUAGUCUCCGCUAUAGGAUCCCUCGAUCUCAGUCUUUCGGGCAAGGUGGGUCUCCGAGCCAUUAUAUAUUACAUGACGACGACGGUAUGCGCAGUCAUGCUGGGAAUCGCUCUGGUCACCACCAUUAAACCAGGCAAGGACCCUGAGGCCUUCCAGCAACCAAACGCGACCAAACUCGUCACUAAGGAUACGCUUACUUCAGAUACAUUGCUGGAUCUCAUAAGAAACGUUUUUCCUGAGAACAUUGUGCAGGCGACGAUAGCUACUUACAGAACGAGGCUGGUCUACGACAAAAAUGAUACGAAAGCAAAAUUUGGUCACCUCGAAACCUACAAGAUAGAGGGUGAUUACCAGAGCGGCAGCAACGUGUUGGGACUGGUCUGCUUUAGCAUAGUCCUGGGAAUCACCCUGGGCAAGAUGGGGGAGCAGAGUCGGCCGUUGCAGAACUUCUUCCAUUCUCUGUCGGAAGCCAUGAUGAUCAUCACUGGAUGGGUUAUUUGGCUAUCGCCACUCGGGGUGUUCUUCCUCGUGACAGCCAAGAUCAUGGAGAUCGAUUCUUUUGCAGAGCUUGUUGGGCGUCUAGGGUUGUACUUCAUGACUGUACUUUUGGGGCUGUUCUUGCAUGGGUUCGGGACGUUGAGCAUACUGUUCAUAUUGGCUACCAAGAAGCUGCCGUGCCGGUAUAUCGCGAAGAUGGGACAGGUCAUGGCGACUGCCUUUGGUACCGCUUCUAGUUCAGCGACGAUGCCCAUCACGAUCGGGUGCUGCGACGACAUGGGCCUGGACCCGCGGAUCACCAGGUUCGUGAUCCCCAUCGGAGCCACCAUCAACAUGGACGGCACCGCGUUGUACGAAGCCGUGGCCGCCAUCUUCAUCGCGCAGCUGAGAAAAGUGGACAUGUCGUUUGGGAAAAUUGUUGCUGUUAGUGUGACGGCCACAGCAGCUAGUAUCGGCGCGGCUGGUAUUCCCCAAGCUGGCUUGGUGACCAUGGUGAUGGUGCUGGACACCGUCAACUUGCCAGCUGAGGACGUCUCCAUCAUCCUGGCUGUGGACUGGCUACUUGACCGAUUCCGAACCACGAUCAACGUGGUGUGCGACGCGUUGGGCGCCAUUAUCGUGUCAUCUCUCUCACAAGGCGAUAUCGAGAAAUCGCGUAAUCUUCAAAAUGAACGCGAAGCCGCCGCGCAGGAGCUGACCGAACUAGGGAAGGCCGAUCAUUAA